UUUAGCCAUCACCAUUUAAUGGCUGUUCCGUUGAUCUCUGCUCAGUAUCAGUAAUUCAAUUUAGUUCCCUCGAGCACUACUGCCAUGAGAUCAUUUCUAAAACUGCGUUUCCUUUCUUCACAAUCCCUUCUCUCCUCACGUUUCAUUCCUAAUUCUUUGCCUUUCACGUCAUCUUCCCAAACAGGACCCACCCCAACAAGCACAAAUACAACCACUUCUCUGACCGAAGAAGAGCUUACACAGAUAAACCUACUAAUCCCACGUUUAUGCUCUUCAAACCACCUCAAAGAGGCUGCUAAUCUCAUCACCACAGCUUUUCUCACAAACCCAUCUUUAGAAUCACUCUCCCUUUCCAUUUUCAUUCACAGUCUCUCUCUUGAACCUGACCUUACACUACCCAUGUACUUCCUUAACCGCCUCAAGUAUACCCCAAAGACUCAAUCUUUUUUAAUACCCAUUUGUAAAAAGUUAGUUUCUUUAUAUUUUAGAGACAGACAGGCCAAGAAAGCUUUAAAGAUUUUCCAUUGGGUGUCAAGGCCUGAUUUUCCUUGUGUUGUGGAUUAUGGAUUGUGUGCUCUUUUGGUAAAUGGGUUUUGCAAGAAUGGUAUGGUUGUGGAAGGGUUGAAGGUUUUGAGGAUGAUGGUAGUUGGGAAUUUAAAGAUUGGGGAUGAGGUGAGAAUGUGUGUGUAUAGAAGUUUGUUGAGGGAGGCUAGGAUUAGAGAGGCACAAGAACUGAAUAAAGCUUUGAAGUGUGCUGAGAAUGGGGAUAAGGGAAAUGAGGAAGUUGUUGCUUUGCUGGAUGGUAUAAUCUCAGAUUGGAUUGAAUAGAGAGAAUAAGGACCGCAGUACGGGACAGACAAUUGGUACAGGACGUGAAUCAGAAGGCCUUUACUACCUUAACUCACUCAGUCCUUCCACAACAUGUCUAGUUACAGAUCCUCCAGAUCUAAUCCACAGACGUUUAGGACA